CAUUCAAAGGAAAGUUGCCCUGGUGUCCAAAACUUUUUGUCCUGCCUACAUCUUGGCUCUGAGGUAGGUGCCUCUGGUUCAUGGUUCAUUAGAUUUCAAGCACAGGUCCUGGUCUGUAAGUGCAGACUCGGGUGUCUCUUAUACGUGCACAUUCCUUAGUUGGAUGAAGCCAGGAUUUGCUGCUUCUUCAGAAUCUCGGGCAUUCCCCAGAUACACAGAGCCCUUGAGCCCCUGAUAAAGACAAAGACUGAUACAAAACUGGCACAUUAAGACAGAACUUAAAAACAGUAGCUUGACUAUAACCCAAAGAUAGUGGUAACCUAAAGACCAGUGGGCCUCUAACCACAUUUUUGUUUAUUUUUUAGUGUGUUUCCUUCAUGGUCUUUCUUGUGGCUUGCCCUAUGCAGUUUGUGUACUUGUUGAGGGCCUUUUUUCUCGGUCUCUGACAUUUUUUUUGCUGAACUCAGUUUUUCCGAGACCCUCUCUCCUCAUAGGCUCAGUUUUGGCCUGCCAUCUGCCUUCUGCCAGUUUCCGUGGCAGAAGAGGCCUCGGCUGCUUCCUGUGGGUCCCCGGCUGAGCAGAAGCAUGCGGUGGUACCUUCUCCUGAUCUGGGCCCAGAGCCUGAGGCAGGCUUCCCUCCCAGCCUCAGGAGCUGUGUCAGGCAGGAUCACAACAACGGGGAACGUUUCUGUGGAGGAAGGUGGCUCCGUCACCUUGCAAUGCCACCUCUCCUCCACCACUGCCAAAGUGACUCAGAUCAACUGGGAGCAGCGGGACCAACUACUGGCCGUUCGUCAUGCUCACUUCGGGUGGCACAUCUACCCAGCCUUCAGGGAGCGAGUGGCCCCAGGCCCCAACCUGGGCCUCACCCUGCAGUCGCUGACCCGGAAUGACACAGGGGAAUACUUCUGCACCUAUCACACCUACCCUGAUGGGAUUUACAGAGGAACAGUCUUUCUGGAGGUCCUGCAAAGCUCAGUGGCGAAGCGCAGCGCUGCGUUCCAGGUCCCACUGCUGGGAGCCACGGCCACCGGACUGGCAGUCAUCUGUGUGGCAGUAGUCAUGGUGGUCACAUUAACCAAAAAGAAGAAAUCUCGUCCAGUCCAUUGUGCGGAAAGUGGCCUAAGGACCGUGGCACAUGAACAGGAGGAAUGGAAUGCCCGCAUUCUGUCGUCACCUGGAAGUGGCGGCGAGGCAGGCACGGCAUCCGUGGGCUGCUACCUGGAGCAGAGGGGAGAGGCCUAUGCCGAGCCUCAUGAAUACUUCAAUGUCCUGAGUUACAGGAGCCUUGGAAGCUUCAGUUUCCUGGCCGAGACUGUUUAGGGGCCAGAGGCAUCAUCUGGGAGAUGCAUUCCUGUGUCUGCGGUUCCGGGAGUGGGGGUGGUGGUGGGUCUGUGGUCUCAGUCGCUGCCCUGCAUGCGUGCAAGUGGAGGUGCAGUUGAGGAGAGAAUGUCAUCCUCUUCCUGCAUUUCCUCUGCCCCCUCCCUUCUCUUCCAUUGUAGCAGAGCCAGAGGGAGCAGCUUGUAUCUUGAUUCUAAGGGCAAAGUUAAACCAAAAUGACUUGGUUUGGAAUCUAGCAGGUGGAGCGAACCCUGGGGCUCUGAGAAAUGCCUUCCCCCUAGUAGCCCUGGGUGGGGCUUUGGUGGUCUGUGCCCUGGUAGAGUCUUAUGGAUGGUGAUGGUGAUGAAGAGGACGACGGUAAGACCCAUCUCAUUUCUCAUGGUCAUUUCCAUCCACAUUCACACAUCAAGGCAUUUUAAGAACAAGGCAUGGUAUCGGCUUUCAUGGGGAGGUUCGAGCAUGAUUAAACCAUGCUUUUGGAUCUCAGCCCUUUUAGACCUUACACUUACAUGGAGGGAACAGUGAGGCUAGCAUAGCGAGAGCAGGAAUUUUGUCCAAGGUGAGCCGAGAAACUGAACAGAACGGCUGAAAUUCCCUCAUGGAGGAUCCUGGCACCAAAGGAGCGCACAGACCUUUUUUGGAUUUUAUUCCCUGGGCAGAUAGUUGAAAUCUCCUUCUGUUGGCUGUUCACGGAGACCGGGGAUGGCUGGCAGCAGGGGACCCGAGGCCUUCCAGAUGCGGCAGCACGGCCUCCACUGUGGGAGCUGCAGCCUAGUCCUUGGCCAGAACCUACCACCUUCUAAUCCACUAUGGAGUGGAUUCUUUCCUUCAAGAAUCUGUGUCCCACCAAAAGGAAAACAUGUGUUUUUAAAAUAGGGACUCUUCCAGGGAGGGGGGGGGAAUAAAAAGUGGGUGAUCAAGUGCUUAAAGAUGAACACCCUCUCCCUGAACCCUUAAAUCUGAACCUAAACCCUUAAAACCUUUAAACCCUUUAAUCCACCCCCUGAGCUCUUUGUGCUGGUUUCCCUUUAACUGGCAUCCCAGUCUGCAUCACACCACCACAUCUCCUCCAGGAGCGAGGAUGGAGGCCGAGCUCACAGGGGACAGGUUUUCUUAACUGAGCGAGAAAGUGAAGCUAGGCUGUCAUUGGCCAGGGCUGGAAUCAAGCACUGUUCUGCUCCCUAAGAAUCAGGCAGGCUGAUCAAGAAGACAUUUCAACUCCUACUCCUUGGAUUUUGAUUUUGAUUUUUCUCACUUCUCUACCAAAUAGGUGUGUGGUUAGGAGCCAUGAGUCGAAAUCUGUCCCGAGGGCUAAGUCCUUUGGAAGACAGAUGGAUGUGUGUAAAAUGCUGUUAGGCACCACGGUGGUUCACCACACUCCUUGCAGAACUAGUGCAAACUGCUUGUGAGUAGAACACAAUUCAUGGACUGGAGAUGAGCUAAAGUGUAAAGAUAAAAAGGGAGAGGCAGUUUGAUUGGGAGGAGAUGUCUACUGGCUCAAGGCUAGACUGAGAGUGUUAUUUAACGUGGUGACAGUAACUGGGAAAUAUCUACAAAUACCAUUUAGAUGGUGAUAAAGUACAAAAGGACCCAUGGAUGUUAUAAAUGGGUCAGGUUCCUAAAAUGAGAUUGAAUUAGACAGAAAAUUAAUUUUCAAGUGGAAUUCACUGAACUGGAUUUUCCAUGGAGAGCCAGAGAAGACCACCCCCUAAAAGCCAGGUUCCUGGAGACCCGUCCUUUGCAGCCAUCCUCCACGGGUAGCCGUCUAGUGUGUGAGAUGUGGUUAGUCUGCAUUAAGAUGUACUGUGCUAGAAGUGUAACCUACAUACCGUAUUUUGAAGGCUUAUUGUGAAUAAUAAGAAUGUAAACUAUGAUGUUAGUAAUUUAAAAAUAUUGAUAACAUGUUAAAAUGAUAGUAUUUGGGAUAGACUGGAUUCAAUAAAAUGUUAUUAAAAUUAA